CCAUCACAGAUCAAGUUCAGCGAGCAGAAGAAGAGACGCUUUGAAUCCUACUCGCCAUCAGCAAGAUGAGCAGCUACGUGGACGUGAAGAACAUGAAGCCCACCGAAUUCGAGGGUCGCUACUUCGAUCAGUAUGACUACUACAGCCUGACGGACCGAUACUGCCAGGCCUCCGCAAGUCGAAAGGGCCGCUCCAAAAAGGAAGCCGACGAGAACACCAACAAGCCCAGUCCCGCCGGCCACGAAAGGAAGAUCACCAACAAGCUGCAGCAAAGUGAUAAGAAGGGGAGGAAAGUCUGAGCAAGCCAAUCUCAUCCGGACGGUCACACUUGGCAUCGAUGCAUUGCGGACUGGAGACUUGGCCAGGGUACGAGAGCGCGAAGGCCGCAGGAGGGCAGGUCAAAGGGAGCGGCCAGAAGGAUCAAAUGGCAGAGCACUGGGUGCCUGGCCUGAGGAACAAAGGGGUGGCAGGGCUGGCACACUCCGCCUGCGUGGGAUAAGAUGGGCUUGAGGUGCACCCCCUUGCCUUUUUUUUUUUUUAAAUAUAAUUUUGGCACCUCAGUUUGCCUAUAGGGGCAGCUGGGGACUGGUGCUUUACUUUCACAUAAAAGA